AUGUCGGACAAGGAACCUGGAUUAAGUGGUGAAGCAAUUCCUGUGCUAGUAGCAGCAGCAACAGGGAAAGCUGCAUUUAACGUUUUUGGUAUGACAUUGCACUCGGCAUUUAGACUCCCACCCAAUCAAUACGCAGGAAAAAUGACUCCACUGGAUCAUGGUUCAUGCAAUACCUUGCGAUGUAAGUUUGAGGCUUUAAAAGUUUUGAUAAUCGAUGAGAUUUCGUUAGUUAGCUUGAAAAUGUUCACCCAAAUUGAUCAAAGAUUGAGACAAAUUUUAGGCGUCGAUGAAUUAUUCGGAGGGGUUAGCCUCUUGGUCGUAGGCGAUUUCUAUCAGCUUAGUCCGGUGUUUGGACAAUUUGUUUUUGAGGAUAGCAAAGAAAUUUUAGGCCCGAUCAUUGGAAAUCCACUCUGGAAUAGAUUUAGUCUAUUUGAGCUUAAGGAAAUCAUGAGGCAAAAAGAUGACGCCAAGUUUGCAACUGCACUAAAUAGACUGUCCAUGGGAAUGCUUGAAGAAGAAGAUAUCCAAAUGUUCAAGAGUAGAGAAAUUGGAAAAAACUUAAUUGUUCCAGAUGAUGCAACAUGGUUGUUUUACAGCCACGCAGAUUGCGAUAAAUUUAAUCGCGAAGCGAUAAAUCGAGCAAAGGGGCCAUUGUACAAUUCAUAUGCCAUAGAUAGAGUGCAGGGUGGAAAGAUUCUAGCCUCCCAACAAGCAAUGUUGGAGUCCGCCGAAUAUUUAAGUUUGCAGCAAACCGGAGGAAUGCCAUACCACGUUGCUUUGAGAGUCGGCCUUCGUUAUAUGAUUACAACAAAUAUUGACGUAUCUGAUGGAUUGUUUAAUGGUGCUACAGGAAAAUUAAUUAGGGUAAUUGAAAAGCCAUUAACUAACGGGCAGAAAGCUGUUAAGAUUGUAUUUAUGGAAUUCUCGGAGAAAUUGGUAGGACAACUGGCAAGAGCAAAUAACUUAGGAUUACUCAAAAAAUUAGAAAUUCCGCUGCAUUGGACCCCGAUCUUCUCGGAAACCAAGGCAUUAAAUAGUUUUGGGCACUAUCAAGGAAUGCAAAUUGUUCGCCGUCAAAUUCCCCUGGUUGCUGCUAAUGCUAUUUCCAUCCAUAAAUCACAGAGUCUGUCUAUCCCAAACACAGUUGCCAAUAUUCCAACUCGAGGAUUGAGAAGGGAUGCGAUAUAUGUAGCUAUGAGUCGGGCACCUUCGUUAUCAGGAUUAUUUAUUGGCGGUACUUUAAAUGCUCCACGUGCAAUCGAUACUUUAGGGCAUCCUGUAGCAUUAGAGCUUUCCAGGUUGCGAAAAUUAUCAUUCCCAUAUUAA